UUUCUGUUUGGUUGCCCACAUUGCAGUCAAAGCACUAUUGGUUUAUUUUUGUCACAUUUUUUUUAUUCUUUGCAAUCUUUAAUCGAAUUAGCCAUUUUAAUUUCUCUGAAUUCUGUUUGUGCUCAAGGUCUUAUUUGAUGGUUGUUGAAAUUAUGUCACCUAAACAUAAUGGCUUGUGUAGCACUUGCCUUUCAAGUUAACCCUUAUGUCUCAUUUUAGCUUGUAUUUGUCACGACUUAUUGACAGACAUGCCCGUUUCAAAACUGAUCCAUAUAUCAUGUUUCUGACUGGCCAUCACCAUAGAGUAUGUUGUAACAAUUACAAUGUUAAGGCAAUGAAAAGAGUUUUACCAAAUUUUAAAGACAGAAUUAUCUUUAGUGUACUUAAUCUUUUCAUCACAAGCUUUACAUUAGAAGAGGUGUUGUACAGCUCUGUAGAAAAGCACCUUUGUAAGCUAUGUAAAUAAACUGCUCAUAACUUUAUCUUUUUGUACACUAACACUGUCACUGUCACUCACUGCCAAGAUUUUCAUUUUAGAGCUAAGACUUUUGUUUUGGCAUGACACUCGUCAAACCCAAACCCAAACAGAUCAAUGUCCAAUUUUUGCAGUGUCACUCAAAGUGUUAAAGUCUAACUGAUGAUCUCAUUAGCCCUGGUCUGUAAUCUUUAGGUUUAGUACUGCUUCAUGGUGACAAACUGGCCUGCCCAUGUCAUGUGAGCUUUAUGAAGGGUUUCUAGUGGCCUUGUGUCAUUCUGUCUGACAUCAGCUGACAGACUGAAGGGGUGAAUGAUGGCUUUUUAUGAAGAAGAAUGGCAGCUUUACAGACCACCAGCUGCCCCCAAACACUCAUCUCUAAUCUCACUUGAACUGCUUGAGUAUGUAGGGUUGUCUGCUGAGUGUUGAUGGUGAUUGAUGUGUAUGCAUGCACAUGUAGAAGUUGAUUUUUUAACCUCACCAUAGCAGGGUCAAAUGAGCUGCUAAAGCAAAUACUGAUCAUUGGAACAUAACUGUUUUUAAAUUAUCUUUUUAAUGACACACAAUCGAUAUAUGAACUAUUUUCAAAGUAAAUUUUUGUUCUGUGAAACAACGUGGGAUAACAACAACAACAACGAUGAUGAUGGUGAUGGUGAGACAAUGAUAGUUUCCCAAAGGUUCAAUCAUCUAUCUUGUUUUAAUCCACUUUGACCAUGUGAUUUCCACCAUGGCUCUAAAUGGGAUGAAGGUACACUCAUCUAAUCCUAAUUUCAGGUAUAAUCCUAAAGGUUACUAUGCUGUGACUUGUUAUCUAGUGGAGAUUUAACCACCUCCGCUAGUUUUUUUUACAACAAAAACACAAAUGACAGAACAAUAACAAAUGUGAAUUUGCACACGUACCAUGACUUAAAUGCUAAGAGCUAAAUGACAUGAACUGCUGACACAGAUGCUAAAUUUGCAAAGCCCCCCCCCAUACAUUAUGACCAGGGAAUUAAAUUUAGAGGUUUUAAUGAGAAUAGAACUAUCAUGAUACUGAUUUAGCAAAACACAGUUUAUUAAAUUAAUACAGUACAUGAUUGAAGAAGCAGCUUCACAAAUACAAAAAACAAUACACAGCAUUUUUAAAGCAUGAUAUGACCUGAUUACUGGGGUUACCCGAGUGUGAUUUAUCACAGAAAUAACAGACAGCACCCUGACUUUAUCCUACACGAUCAAGAUAUAAGACCAAGAUGUUGAAUGGAACGAAUUUUGUUUCAAAAACUUUUACUUGAUGCUCUUUUUAUGUCUUUUCUCCCCUGAAAUGAUGAUGAAUGGUAUAAUACAUUCAUGAUAUUUAUGUUUUACACGUAAUGAGCAGAAAAGUAAUUACUCAAGGAAAGUUGAUUCAUUAGUUUAUGUAUUACAAUUCAUGUGAGGUUUUUAGACCCUUGAGGGUUUGUGUUACCUGCAUAUUUACUCCUAUAGGGGACAGUGGAGUAAGAUGAGACAUUUUUCAUAUUUCGGAUCACUACAUCAAGAAAAUCAUAGUUUUCUCUCUAACUUGUGUAUCUGCAUAUAUUUUAAGAUGUGCAUCACUGAGAACCAACAGAUUGAGUGUAAACAUAACUGUCUUGAUAAUAUAGCAUGGCAAAAAAAGUAAUCUCCUAUGGUCAACUUACCCCGUGUAUGGGGAAAGUUGACCAUAGGAGCGGGGUAAGUUGAGCUGUAUCCUUACUUCCCCCCACUCUCAACUCCAGCCCUUCUUCACCUUCUCUCUCUCCCUAAAUAACAGUCACUUCUUCACAUUCAUGUGUAUUUUUGCCUAUCAUAUACUAUUUAACUGGUACAAUAAUUCUUUUUAUUAAUAUUAUUGUAUAUAACUGUAACUCCCCUAUAUUAAUUGCAAAGGCUGCUCAUAUUUCGACUUAUUUAGGUCUAGAUUAAAAGCAUUUAGGUCAGGAUUGCUGGCAUUUUAGCUGUUAUUUGUGACAGUUUAAAGCUCUUUUUUUAAGCUGUCUGUUAUUACAAAUCAGCUGUACCCCAAAUAUUAGCUGCCCCUGUAUAAUGAAUCUUUUCUGUAUUCUUAUGUCAUAGUUUCUCUGUGGCACAAAUGUGGCAAAACUCCAUAUAUAUUUAUUUAUUCAGAAUAAUUCCUAUCAACUGCAAUCACUUUCCUCCCUUCAGCGGGACAGAAAAUCGUGAUGGAGUCUCGGUCGUAAGCUCUGAGCUGCUCGCUGCUCACUAUAUGGACUUGUGUUGCCCGCUGGAGGCGAGGCGGGGGAAAGCAUGCGAGCGGUGGAGGGGGAUAGAUGCAGCGCUCUGUGUUUCCCUGCCGCUCCUCCUGCUUGCUGUGGAAACCCGUGGCCACCCCUAUCUGUCUCCACAGCAGACAGGAGAGGCAUUGGCGGGGGUGAGGGCUGCCAAAAGUAGUAGAAAACUCCUCUCAGCAGAAAAAAAAAUGGGUAUGAUUGUGAUGAUUUGAAGUUUUUACCUCAAUCCCAAAACAUAAAAAAUAUGGAGAGAGAAGAGAGAGAGGGAGAGAGAGAGAGAGAGAGAGAGAGAGACGUUGUACUGUCAUCCACAGGUCUGGCAGUCUCACCCACCCAGCACCACGCGCUCCAUGACUCUGAUUUAUUUAUAUAUUUGUCUUGAUGCGCGUCGCCGCUAAGUAAGCCGGAGCUCUCCUCACCCUCUCCUCUCCUCACUUCGCUUCCUCUCCUCUACUCGACAGCAUCCAGAACUAUAGCGCAACCUCCAUCAUCACUCGUUCCUUCCUCUCCUCCUCUUCCUCUCACCGCCAGAUCUCUCUCCACUGCGCCUCUCGCCCCUCCACCACCAACCACCAACACCGCCGCCGCCGCCACCUCCCCGGCUCAGUCCCUCUCUCCUCUCUGACGCACGACGGGGGGGAAACGGACCCGCGAAAAGACAGGACAACGACAGCAGCUGACCCCCACGCGUUAUUAUGAUCAACGGACUCCUAGUAUCGCAGCUCCGGACAGAGACACGACCCUGAAUCCGAGAGGAGAGCACUCUCACCCGGCUGCACAGUUGUUGAACGCUCGCCCGAGAAGGGGGUGCGGAGGCGACGCGGCGGCGGAGGAGAAAGAGGAGGAGGGGGGAGAGGGGAGAAAGAGGAAGCGGACUGGCACAAGUCGAGGGCUUGCAUUUUAAGCAAACUGCUUAGGGGAAGAAAAAAAAAAGAGCGGAGACGAGAAAGAAGGGGAGAGUCAGAGUCACCGGAGAGCAAGAGUGGGGGAGAUUGCAUUCCUAUCACGUCUUCAUUCCUCCUCUCUCCUCUCUUUUGCCUCAACCACAGAGUGAGAGAGGGCGAGAGAAGGAGAGAGAGGGGGAGAAAGAUAGAGAGAGAGAGAGCAGGAGAGAGAGAGAGAGAGAUCUAACAAGAUUCAUAGUGGUCUUUUUUCCCCCGAUGCUUUCCAAUCGCAGUACCAAACUAAGGUGAGUGUUUUGGCGAUGUUUGGAGAGUAUCACGAAGGGGGAAUCUUAUGCAGAUGUGUGCGUAUGUGUGCAGCAUAUGUGCGUGUAUUUUGUAUGCUUAUGUGUCUGCUUAGCCACGGACUUAAAAGGGAACAUCAAGCACUCCGUAGAAGCAGGAUAACGGAUCGCAGGGAUCCAGUCGACUGAUCAAUAGCCGUUUGUUCUUUAUUCACCGUUUCCCUGCCAAUGUCACGACGGAGGGUUACUGCAUUAUGCUUGGCAUGUAUUUCAAUAAGCUUUCUGCUAUCUCUGCUCCAUUGACAGCGAGGUUGUUUUGAGUCAAAUUCCAGCAUAUGCGAGCAGGGUUUAUUUUGUCAAGACUAUACAGGAGGUUUUAGAUCGAAUCGUUCCUCCUUAUAACUUCAGGUCAUGUUGGAUUUACCACUUUUAAUUUAUACAGGCUGCUGAGAAUCUUUCCAGCUUGGCUCAUUCACAUGCCCAUCUCUCUCUCUCCUCUCCUCUCUCUCUUUCUCUCUCUCUCCUAUCCCUGUCCUCUUCUCGUCGUCACCCCUGUUUCUUGUCCUCUUCCUCGCAGCCCGGCAUCGGACGGUGAGCGGGACGCAUCGAGCAACAGCAGAAUACACCGCAGAAGGAUAUGUGAAGUUGGAAUCCCACUAAACUAAGUACGUAUGUCGUCUAAUUUGAGACAACCCCCCCAAGGGAAUGCAUUGUGGGACGCAUUUUUAAUUGCUUUAAAUCCCGUUGUUACUCUUUUUCUACGUCGCAUCUGCGCUUUUUUUGAUCUUUACCGUGGAGGCGGGAUCGAUAAAUCCUGGAGGAUUACGCACAGAGACGAGGACGAAAACUAUGAAUUCUGCAUUUUGGAGGAGGAACGGGGAUUUUUUUUCUCCUUGUACUGCACUUUUUUCGGGGGAAUUACUUUGUAUUUUCUUUUAUUACUUCUCAAUUGUCCGUUUUGCUGGGCUUUGCUUUCAGUACCAUGGAGAGCGACUCUCCUCCGGCAGACAGUCCCAGCGCUUGGAUUUUCAGCAUCGUCGUUUGACAGCGCCGUGUGUGUGUGUGUAUGCACGGGUGUGUGUAUGGACAGUGACAGCCUAAAAAAAGAUAUUUGGUGUGUGUGUGUGCGUGUGCAUGUGUGUGAAUGACUUUCUCACAAGAUACACGGAAUCUUCCAUAACCCCCUCAUUAUAAAUAAUUAAGGCGUUGAUUAUUAUCAUUAUUAUAAUUAUUAAUGUUAUUUUUAUUAUUAUUAUUAUCGCCGGCUCAUCUUGUACACCCUCAUAACUGAGCCUCCAGGAGCAGCAGCUUCGCCCACUUUUCCCCUGUGCCCUUACUCGUCCAAAUCUAAAAUGGAACCACCAAUUGUUAAUGCUAGGAAAGUUGCAGUGAUUGUGUUUUUUCGGCCAAUGGUUGACUUAAUCGUCAUGCAAUAGUUCUUGGAAAUUUUGAAUUGGGGUUAUGCACAAAAGAAAGGGCAAAUGGCAGAGGUUUGCUGUUUUGCUUUACGUCAGGCUUAUCACCUGCUGGACUUUUUUUUUUCUCCUCCUCCUGCUUUGAUUGUGUUGAAGUCCCAUGAGCACUUUCACAGCUUUUUAAAUCCCUUUUUAUUCGGAUUUUCACGAGCUUAAGUGAGCGCGUAUGAAAACAUCGAGGUUCUAUUUAAAGGUGAUGGACGUUCAGUUAGUCCUCCAACAGUCCUCAUCUCAUCCCAGUAAUGGUCGCCCAACUGACACCUUUUCCAUUCCCAUCCUCUCCCCUCUAUAUUUUCCACCGUGCUUUUCUGGACUCUCAUAUAUCGAAAGAGGGAUUGAGGUCCCUGUUAUGUAAUAAACACAGCCCGGGGACGGUGUCUCCUCACCACUAACCUCGCCCACUUGGUACUCCCUUCGUUUAUUCACGGAGAUAAGCAUCUGUGAGCUGAUUUAUUACGACCUUACCAGCACAGCUGCUCUGUAAUGAAUGGCAUUUCCUCUAAUACACUGACGAUAACUGUCUGAAUGCUGAGAUUUGUUUGCAAUUCUGAGUGUCAUUUUAGCCAGCUAAGAGUGCUUACUGAUAUUUUCCAUAAUGGCUAGAAAUAUUGUCAUUUUUAUCAUGUAUUGAUGUUUAUUAUUAAGCUCUCUUUUACUCUGCUAAUCCUCCAGAGAGUAGGUGUGCAUUUUUGUUUGUUCAUUGCAAUCUUCACCUAUAUUUUCAUUCAAUAUGUUGUCCCUCUGUUUUGUGUUGCAGUGUUGUGAAGUGGCUCUGUCCCUGGAGCCAAGACUUCAUCCCCUUGGUGUCAGCAAGGAUGCUGUGGGUUACCUUGCUGAGCACCAUAGCCUUAGGAUGGACCACCCCAAUCCCACUACUAGAGGACUCGGAGGAGAUCGACGAGCCCUGCUUCGAGCCCUGCUACUGCGAGGUCAGAGAGGGUAUUUUCCACGUCCACUGUGACAGUAAAGGAUUUACAAAUGUCAGUCAGAUUUCCCAGAUGUGGAGUCGGCCCUUCAAGCUCAACCUGCAGAGAAACUCGAUGAGGAAGCUUUACUUUAAUAGCUUCCUCCAUCUAAACAAUGCCAUAUCCAUUAACCUGGGUAAUAAUGCCUUGCAAGAUAUCUAUGCUGGAGCAUUCAAUGGAUUAGGAAUACUCAAGCGGCUUUUCCUACAUGAAAACAAACUUGAGGUUUUCCGGAAUGACACUUUUCUGGGUUUAGAGAGUUUAGAAUAUCUCCAGGCGGACUACAAUGUCAUCAAAAGGAUUGAAAGUGGUGCAUUCAGGCACCUUCACAAAUUGAGAGUGCUCAUACUUAAUGACAAUCUCAUCCCUGUGCUCCCAAAUUAUCUUUUCCGGUCUGUGUCACUCACACAUCUGGACCUACGGGGGAACAGACUAAAGACAUUGCCAUAUAGAGGCACACUGGAGUACAUUGGGAGGAGCUUAAUGGAAAUCCAGCUGGAGGAGAACCCUUGGAACUGUGUGUGUGAGAUAGUUCAGUUGAAAACAUGGCUAGAGAGGAUCCCCUAUACAGCGUUAGUUGGGGAGAUCACAUGUGAGUACCCGUUUCACUUACAUGGAAAAGACUUGCGGGAAAUCAAGCGCAGUGAGCUCUGUCCACUACUCUCUGAUGCAGAGAUCGAAGCCAAGCUGGGAAUUCCCAGGGUCCCUUUCAGUAAUGAGAACACAUGGCCUACCAAACCCUCCUCCAUGCUCUCCUCCUUCCAUAACACAGCCUCCUCUGUGGAAAAUAGGGAAAGGGUAAAGCCUACCAAAAGACCUCGGCCAACAAAAUACCCACCAACUCCUCGUAGCAUCUACCCAGGCAACCAGCCACCCAUUCGUGACUACCAAACCAGGCCCCCCAUCCCAAUAAUUUGUCCAACUGGAUGCACGUGCAACCUUCACAUCAAUGACCUAGGACUAACAGUUAACUGUAAAGAGAAAGGCUUUCAUAACAUUUCUGAGCUCCUGCCUCGGCCCCUCAAUGCAAAGAAAUUGUAUCUCAGUGGAAACCUUAUUCAGAAAAUCUACCGUUCUGAUUUCUGGAACUUCUCCAGUUUGGAUUUACUUCAUUUAGGAAACAAUCGGAUAUCCUAUGUCCAGGAGGGGGCUUUUAUCAACCUACCAAACUUAAAAAGUUUAUAUUUGAAUGGGAAUGACAUUGAGCGACUCACGCCAGGGAUGUUUCGAGGGCUGCAGAUGUUGAGCUACCUUUACUUUGAGUAUAACGUCAUCCGUGAGAUACAUCCUAACUCCUUCUCCCUGAUGCCAAACCUCCAACUGGUUUUCCUCAAUGACAACCUGCUGCGUUCUCUCCCUGCUGAUGCCUUUGCCGGAACCAACCUUGCACGCCUGAACCUCCGCAACAACUACUUCCUCUCUCUGCCUGUGCGUGGUGUUCUCGAGCAUCUGACCUCUAUUGUCCAGAUUGAUCUUCACCAGAACCCCUGGGACUGCUCCUGUGACAUCGUCCCCCUGAAACAAUGGCUAGAAAAGCUCUCGUCCGUCAUCGUGGUUGGAAACGUCUUCUGCAAGACACCCGAGUUUGCUUUUGGGAAAGACCUGCGCUCACUGGAGGUCGAAGUCAUCUGUCCUGAGCUGAAGUAUUCCUCAGGCCCCUCACCAGCGCUGCCUGGUGGGGAUGACCUCACCACUGGGAGCUCUAACAUGGGAGAGGCAGGUGGGAGAGGAGCUGUGCCGCUGUCUGUCCUCAUCCUAAGCCUCCUCAUCCUCUUCAUUUCUGCUGUGUUUGUGGCUGCUGGUUUUUUUGCCUUUGUUCUCCGUCGCAGAAAGAAGCUUCCCUUCCGGAAACGUUCUGAGGUAGAUCUAACAGGGAUCCAAAUGCAAUGCAGGAUUUUUGAGGACCCACCAAGGCAGAGUAGUGCUGGUAAUGCUGGCACACCAGAAAAACCAACACCCAGUAUGCACACGCACACUCACACCACUCACACACAUGCCCACGGUCAUGUUUAUGAUUAUAUCCCCCACCCUGUGACUCAAAUGUGUAACAAUCCCAUAUAUAAGCCGAGAGAGGGAGAGAUAGCAGAGGAAGACAGAGCGCAGUUUUCAGAGAAGAAAGACAAUGGCACCAGUAGCAACAGUAACUACAGAACCUUAUUAGAGAAAGAGAGAGAGUGGACCCUGGCUGUCUCCAACUCUCAACUCAACACCAUUGUCACAGUCAACCACACAACGGCUGACAUGGCAGGAUUUCACGAGAACGGAGGGCUCUGCCCCACAGUAAUUGACAGUCAGAGGCCCACGCCAACAGUGGGCUUUGUAGACUGUUUGUAUGGGACAGUACCCAAACUAAAGGACAUGCAUGUGGCGCAUGCACACCCACCAGGCAUGCAGUAUCCAGAUUUGCAGCAGGAUGCACGGCUGAAGGAGACAUUGCUUUUUACAGCGGGGAAAGGCUGCUACCCUGACCCGUCCCAAAGCGAUUACCUCGAGUUAAGGGCCAAACUUCAAACCAAGCCGGAUUACCUCGAAGUCUUGGAAAAAUCUUACCGGUUUUAACAUCUCUAGCCCAUGGGGAAAAAAAAACAAAACACAAAAUCAACACACCCACUUUGCAACCCUCUAAACAAAAUCACCCAAAACCAGUAUCAAAAAACAAUAACUUGAAAAAGCAGCAUGAUAAAAAAGAAGUAUAAUAUGGUUACAACACAGUCCCCCCCCCAAAAUCACUUUGGAGGAGAGGCCAUUCUCAGAUAUUUCAAUGAAGUGCCUUUUUUUCAGAGUAGCCAGCAAUGUCAACAGCCGUUAUUUUUAUAAUAUAUAAAUAUCUCUAUAUGCCCGAGAGAGCAAAAGGGGAAUAAGAGGGGCACUGGGGAAUAACAACAUACAAAACAUCCUGAAGUACAUCUCUCACGAAAACCCCUUUUUUGUGGAAUUACCAUGGUGGGAAAGACACACGGGAGCUGGACGUCUCCCUGACUUAAGGGUUUUCUUUCUGUCUCUCUUACCCCUGAGUAGGAUGUACAAACACCCGGAGGCCAUGCACAUAAAGUUUCUAGGUAAUGUCGGAAAGAGAAAGGAAAAAAAAAAAAAGAAAAACUAUAUAUUAAAAUGAACUGCAGUUUGCUGCAUGCACUCGCUUCGGUGCAGGAAGCGAGGGGAUUUCCUCAUAACUAUCACACCACAUAACGAACAGAUACUGCAACGCAUUUACAGUUCAGUGUUCUAUUUAAUUUUUAUAUCUUAUUAAUAUGGUUAUUACUAUAAAUGAGGACUUCUGUCUAUAUCAGGGUGCUUCUCGUAAAAAGGACGCGCCGACGUACGGAUGGUAAAACAUUUGUGAAUAUUAUUAUAAGACAACGCUCAAGGUUUUCUGGAUAUUUCAUGCACUUUGUUGACCCCCCUUCCAUUGCUUCUGGAUUCCCCAUUGUCACCCACUAACAGCUUUGUAGGAAGCACUUUUAAUGUUUUCUCUCACAAAGAUUUGAAGAAAAAUGUGCAUAUAUUUAUUCUGUAAUUUCAGUGAAGAAUUUAAUUGUAAAGGUAAUGUUAAAUCAAUGUAUAGUGAUUAUGCGUCUGGUAUAGCCUUCUUAAUAAAAACAAACUCUUCAAUCAAAUGAAAGGGUUGAUGCCACGGGAACGUGUGUCUGGCGCUGUUGACAGGAUGUGUAUUUGGUGUCUUGUUUCAAUGGCAUGUUGGAGCUGUGGCCAACUAUCACGAGAUAAAGCUGCUGGAAAUGGGGGGGUUGCUAGAGAACCAAUAGAGUGCUAGACAGAAACGCAGUGGAGGGCAAUAACAUUUAAUCUCAGUUCUGCUCAUUAGUUUUGGAUUAGUACAGAAGUAAUUUAUGUUUUAGGGGAAAGUAUUUUUCUUUUCUUCUGAAAAAUAAUCUAUUUUUGUGUCUAUUUGUAGUCUGCCCUAUGAUCUUCCCCCUGCUGGAUACCAUAGUGCACAAUCUUUUUUUCUGCCACUACGUUACUGCUCCUAGUUGGCAAUCUGAGGGUUAAAAGACACAUAAAACUCAGUGCCAGAAGAAGUUAAGUGUCUGCCGCUGGUCUGAAAGUGGGUGAUAUCACAGGAUAUACCAAAUCAGUGGGGCAUGCUGCAAUUUUAAUUAUCUUAACAGGUACUGCUGAUGUAGGCUAAUUAACAAUAAUUGGGAGGCCGUGAAAAAAGUGAUUGGAAGUCGCUCUAUGAAUUUGCGCAUCAAUUUUUUUUUCCUGACUCCCUCCCGAAGUAGCAAUUUGGACUAAGUCCACUGGGGGGCGAUAAUAAGGUGUUCAGGUUCAUUGGGUAUUGAGUAGACUGGUUGCAGUUACAGUACAAUGUAAUGCACAAAAUGCUUAUCCUAACAGGUCAUCAAGUCUUGUAUUUUUAUGAUUGUUUUAAAAUAUCUAUCUUAAAACCUUCAAGUUUCAGAAGUCAGUUUGAUUCCUUAAAGCACAUUUUCAUCUGUUUGAUGCUUUUUCCCUUUUGCACUUGAUUUCUUUCAAACCAAUUGUGAAAAUGGUAGAAUAAAGCAGCUCUAUCAACAAAAUAAAACUUUAUUUUCCAAAAAAGAACACUUUGGAAGAGCUUUAUGAUGCCUUUACGUAUUUGGUAUACAUUAUUUCAUUUUGGGUUGCUGAUUGUUGAUAUUUUUCAAAUGAAGACCCCAGUACUAUUUAUCAUGGAGAGUAUGUAUUCCCCAGCAAAUCUGAACUGCACAACUAUUUACCUGUCAUAUUUUAAGAUUUUUUGUAUUUUCCUGUUCUUCCCUUAUUUAAUUAUUUGGGACCAAGCAAACAAAAAACAAGUUAGGAGCAGCUGCAAAGUAACUACUGUGUUAAAUCUGCAUGUAGUGCACCUCUUCUCUUUCUUACAGAGGAGUUUUAACAUGAUGCACUCUUGAUAAAUUUGGGACUAGGCCUUGAAGGGAGGUGCUUUUUUGCUUUAAAAGGGACUCAAUGCACAUUGCUUUACCCUUAGCGAGUUUAGAUGAAUCAUCUUAAGUAUUGAUCAUCAAUGAUCCAGUCUAUAAGCUCGACUCAUAUGGAACAUCUUAUCUUGUGCUGUAUUCAAUGUUUAAUAAUAAUAAUGACGAGUGAAGGUCACCUUCAUAUAAAGCCUUUGUAAGCAUGGUAGAAUAAUGCCAAGGCUCUUUUUACUUGCACAAUGCUGUACCCCUAUAUUCUGAUGCCCAACUUAAUUGUCUGCUCCUUUUAUUAAUUCAUUUCUUUAUUCAAACACUUAAAUACACACACAUAAACACAUAGACACACAAACACACACUUACAGCUUUCCUUUCCCUGACCAAGAGGUUAGACUAUAUGGUCAGCAUUUUCAGUGUGCACUCAGUUUGAUUAAAAAACAUAAUGCUUACUCUGUUAACCCUGACCCUCCCAUCAACCCCACCCCUAAAUGAAUAAAUAAAGUUUUUGGAUCAUUGAUGGUUUUGCUAUAGUCCCAUAUCUGGGUAACCUUCUAUACUCUCCCCCAGGCACCCACCCCCCAUAAUAUUUCACAAAUGAGUGCUGGGCUUUUGUCCUAUUAUACCAUGCUGAGUGGUUUUAUCCCAAUAAAUCCUCUUGUUAUCCUGCACUAAUAUCUCCAAGUGAUUUCAUCCUUUGGUGGAGAAUUAGAUAGGGCAACCAAUGCGCUCUCAGGUUGGCUAAAUGUUUCUUUUAUGUGUGAAAUGUAAACAUGCGCUGCUGGUUUGAAUCGUCCUCUAUUAUCUCAGUGAUAUUUGAAUUUCGCAGUGGAGUUAACCUUUCCUUCGACAUCUCUCCUGAGGUUUGUACGCUGGCAAGACUUCAGCAUGGUAAAUGCAGAGUGUGCCUUUUCUUCUGUCUUUGCCUUUCACUGUCUUGGGCCCUGCAACUCUGUUUUUUGUUUUUUUUUUCUCCUGUCUUCCUGUCUCACUGUUAUCUUUUGUGUCUCCUUUUGUCCCCUGAAACUGAGUUGGUAUUGUCUAUUUUGUGUCUCGAAUGGGGCUUUGGUCAUUGUUGUUCAAGCCUUCAAUCGGUGUCUUUCAUUAGUUCUGGUUUUGACUAAUUUAAACAACUUUGAGCACAAGCAUGAAGAAAGAAAAUAUUCAAUUUUGUUUUCAUUUCUGCUUUGAAUUUUUUUUUUUAAUCCUAAUUCAACAUAAUUUAGAUAUCCGUGAACCUUUAAUGUCUGUUUUCCCACCACCCUAGCUCAGCUUCAAGGUCUGCCUGCUUUAUUCAGAUAUAUAUUUUCUCUGGGAAAGUGGUUGAAUGAUUUUCUAAGGACAUACAUAAAGGGGUCGAGAAACAUUACAUACAAUAAAAAACUGGCACUUAUCAUCAUGAAGUUAGUUUAUUUUUUGUUUUUUUGUGUAUUGCUUCCCAUUUGAGUCGUACUAAAGCUAAAUUGUAAUGGAGUGAAUCUUAAAAGUUUAAUUGGAAAAUGAUGUAGGAUACGAUACAGUAACACAUUCUUAUGAACCAUCACUUCAAGACAGUUGUUUCAAAUUGGCUCCUCUUUAAAAUGUGAAUUUUUCAAUAGGGCUUCUGCGCACUCUCACACCAUUUAUCUGUAGUCAUUUGUUCCCUUUACAAAAAAAUAAGUGGAUAAUUGUGUGUUAAGUAGAGGCAGGGACCUGGAUGUGACUACAGGGAUCUGAUUUCAUAUGUGGUGUGAUGUUAUUUUUUUGACCCUCUUAUUUCCUUUGGCAUUUUCGCACUGGAUAUUUUUAGGGCACUAUUGUGUGAUAGCAAAAAGAUGCUGUCAGUCAUCAGGUCCUUUCAGUUGUUUGCCUAAAUCCAUGUUUAAAUGUGAUAAAUAGCACAUUUUCAUGUAUUUCUGUGUUCUUGUUUCCCCGUACCCCAUUGGUGUGUGAGCACUCGAGAGUCUUGAUUAGUCCAGGCGUGAUUUGGAAAGGCAGAGCAGAGAGAGAGAGAGGGGGAAAGAGAGUGAUGAAGGGAUCAGUUUGAGAGCACUAUUGAUAGGAGGGGGAGCACAGACAAGAGGCUUAGGGAAGGGUGAGAGAACAUGGAGUUUUCAGGAGAGGAUUGUGAAGGAUGUGCCACUUUGAGAAAGUAGGGAUUUUUUCUGUUGUUCUUUUUGUCGCUGGAAGAAGCUGUGGUUGUCCAAUUAACCAAAAAGAGGGAAGGGAGAAUGCACAUUUUAGAGGCACUGAUAGAAGCUUGCAAGCACUUAAAUUUUGCAUAACUCGUGUGUGCAUGUGUUUUGAUAUUCUUUUGCCAUUUGGGGAAACGGGGAAUUAUCUGCAGUUUGCUGAAAAAGCCAAUCUGUCUCUGACCGUGGUGCUGAAGUUGCAGUAAACUGCAGGUGCUGCAUACAAAAAGUCACGUUCUACUUUUUUUGUGCAUGCGUGUUUGUUUGCGAGGUGGGAAAUGUGUCUCUCUUGGCUGUGUGUAAGUGUCUAGAAGUUUACCUUAGUUCUGUGUGAUUAUGCUGAUGGCACAAGUUAUAUUUUCUUAGAGUUUUAAAGUGCUGUGCAUACUUUUAAAACUGUGUUUUCCUGAGCUGAGAGUGCUUUUUUUUUCAGUUUUAUACAUGCAUUGUACAGUAUCAACAAUUAAUGUGGUACAUUUGAACUAAAAUGCCAAAUAUAAUCUAUUCCUUUUUAUAAAUAUGUUGAAAAAACUUUGAGACAAAAGAGGAAGCUGAAGGAAAUAAAAAGAAACAAGGGAACCAUUUGCUUCCGAACGGUUUCCUUGGCUCAAAAAAUCAGGAGAAAGCCUUAAACACAUCACUUGACUCUGCUGCAGUGCAGGAGCUCGACUGACCUGCUAUGUGGAGAGUGAGAGGGAGAAAAGGGGGGGAGGGGGAGACGAGAAAGAGAGAGAAAUGAGGCUGCAGAAGGAGAAGUUGAGUACUUGUGUGUGAGUGUAUGUGUUUGUGUGUGAAAGAGAGAGAGAGAGGGUAUUUCUCAACCCUCUGCUACUUCUGCUUCUGCGUGCACCAUAAAAGUCAUGAGUUUGUAUUGUUUGCCUUGUGAAUUUUGGGUCCUUUGGGGAUUGUGGCCCUCUCUCCUGUAGAAAAAAAAAAAAAAAUCUGCAAGUUUGGGGAAGUUGCAGUCAUUUGUGCUGCUCAGCACUGUGCUACAGUUUUAGCUUCAGUAUGUAAGAAAGAUUAGCAAUCUGUGUCGUUAUCACUCACUUUAGGGGAGGGGAGGGGAGAGGGGGAGGCAUAAUUUCAUAAAGUAAAAUGGAGCAUGAUGUCCCUGGUUGGUGUUCUGAAUAGCCCAUCUCUGUCUUUGUUCUGCAGUGUGGGGCCUACUUUGUGCUGUAGAAUAGCCUGUAGUUAAACCGACUGCACUUUUUCUGCAUCUUGAUUU